AUGGAACAAACAACACAUAUGAAACAAUUUUCUUCUGACAUACAAGUGUUUCUUGGAACGCGUCAGGUCAGUAGGCAGAUCUUACGCGAGGUAGAAUCAACCAAGAGCAAGUUUGAAUCUUCCAAGAACUAUGAAUUAAAAGUAUCUAUGCAUAGCUUAAUCACAAUAUUAUCCAACGAACUUGAAGAGUUUGGUAAAAUAAAGGUGUCAGAAUCCGCCACUAACUUCGAUUUCAGAGACCUAAAACUUGAUCAAGCUCAAAUUGAGACCAUCGUCCCAACGUCAAGAAACAUAUCAGACAUAAAGCUGCAGCUAAUUAAAUCAUUUCAAAUGAAGAGUACACAUAAAUUGGAAAUUACAGGUUGCGUCAUAUUGCCUAAUGGUAAUUUGCUGAUGGCGAAUGACACAGAAGAAAAUCAUUUAAUAGAAUACAGUGACGCAGGUGAACAUAUCCGUGACAUCCCAGUAUCUGGCCCGCCGUAUGAUAUUGACAGGAUAGAUCUUGAUCGUAUUGUUGUGACGUACGGGGACGCAUUAUACAUAGAAAUAAUGAAUUGCAAGACUUUCAACGUUGAAAAAAAGAUCAGUCUCCAACAUAGUUGCUUAAAAGUAUCUCAGGAGGAUGGUCGACUUUACGUAGUAUAUGGAAAAGCUAAAAUACAAGUUAUGGAUAUAUCCGGAAAUCAAAUAGAAACAUUAAAAAUAACAUCAGAAGGUAUAACUUGUAUCAAAACGAGCAGACAAAAGAUAUAUUACGCAGAUUACAGCACGAAAGAAGUACACUGCUUUCGUUUGAACGGGGAAGAAUUAUGGAAGUUAGAAUGUGACUCUAUAAAAUUUCCUUACGAUAUAACAUUAGACUCAUACCAUAAUGUUUACGUUGUAGGUUGUGUUUCCAAUAAUAUAUCAAUUAUACAACAUGACGGGAAAAACAGUAAAACAUUACUGACCGAAUCAGAUGGCCUAUAUCAUCCAACAGCUUUGGACUUUGAUACAGACAAAAAAACAUUACUCAUAUGUAAUGAAGAAGGAAAUGUUGCCUUGUACAAAUUCGUUUAA